GAUAGGAAAGUUUUUUGAUCAUCAACAUUUGGCUCCCGCUGGUUAAAGAUCACGGUUAAUAUAUUUCCUCAAAGAGUAUCAUGAAACGUGGAUUUCAUCUGACUGGUUUCCAGUUUAUUUGCAUCUUCAUGCGUCUUAAAGGCAAAAUACGGCGGUAGAGACGUGUUCAGUUAAGAGUGUCCAGAGUCAUGAAACUUAGUCCUUGUCAAGCCCCAUUGUAUGGCAAGUGUGUGCUAACAGUUCAGCUCUGCGAUGAGGCGCUCGGUGAAGGAGAACAGGGGGAGGUGCAGUUCUUCCUGUUGUUCACUGGCUCUGCUCAGAGACAUCUUACCAGCACACUGAAGGUCAACCAUGCCACCCUUCAGGCUGUAUGUCCAGCUCAUAACUGCUGCGAGUCAGUGCUGGUCACGCUGUGCUCAUCGGGACCGGAUGGUAGCAUUCAUACUUUGGCUACAAGGCACCUAGACUUCGUGCAGGACCUGGCCUUCGACAUGGCCCAGUUCCUGGUGAGCACAGUGGGGCAGACAAACCUACUGGAAGAGGCUCUGCUACUGGACGAGCAUCAAAUCCCCCUGCAGGAGUGUGAAAAACUGGAUCAGAGUCUGUCCCUGGCCCUCAAACAUAUCACGCUGCCCUCUGGAUGGAGCCUGCUGGGGAAUAACACACGACUGGAACCUCAAGAGACCCUCCUUCACUUCGCAGCCCGCCGCGGGCUCCUCAGAGUGGCCAGUUUUCUCCUCAAGCAGCCAGGGGCCCAAGAGGCCCUCAGCUUGUGUAACAAACAAGGGGCCACACCGGUAGUCAUCGCCCAAAGCCGAGGAUAUACGGCACUGCUGGAGCUCUUCAACCGGGAGGAUUUGGAUACAGACGUUGAAGUUGAGGCGCUCAGACAGCUCUCUUCCUCGGGCGGUCGUGUGGUGCAGCACCACCCCUCUCUGAACACCUACACCCUCUCUGUGGGCACCGAGCCGGGUGGCGCACCACCCAACCUACAGGCCGACGUCUUGGAACUGCGCAGACUGAUACUCAGCUGUUAUCAAGGGAAGGUGAGUCAGGGAGGAGUUGCGUUUCAGCCGAGCUCAGAGUCUCCGCACAUUGCUCAAGAAUGUGAUGACGGCCUGGAGACCAGAGAGUGCUGUUGUGAAGAGGCACCGCACGACUCCCUUGAUACGAGAGAAAAAGGCUUCACUCCUUUUAGCACAGAAGAAAACAAAGGAGAACCUAAUGACCGCCUGGAUCCCUCACAAAUCAGGGAGGGUGACGGAGGUCCCUCGCUCAGCUGUGAAACAGCCCCGGCUCUCCUACACAAUGGCAAUAGCGAAGAUCAGCGGGCGUGUGCUUGUGAAAACACUGAGACUGAUUGCAGAGAGCAAGAGGAGCGUUCUGAUGUAGUCAGUACCGGUGACGUUGGAGAUAGUAGUGAUGGUUUGCAGAGCGUAGUCAACAGAACUGCUUCCUGCGGACAACAGAAAGAGGAAGCUGAUAAAGCGGACGACUUAAUCUGUGAAGCACUUGGUCGUGUUGAGGGACCUGAGGGGGAAAAUCAGGAAAAAGAACACAAGUUUGUAGAGGAGCUCAAGCUGUGUGAAUGUAGUCCCACUGUUGAGGCAGAAGAUAUGGGAAUCACUCAGUCUUUGGACACGCCGGAAAGCUCGGACGUUGAAUCUUGUUCUCAGGGUGCUGAGACAGAUGAUGAAGAAGAGGACGGGUGCGAAGAUCUCAUAGAUCUAAAGGAGGUGCGAGAAGAAAAUAAGGAACCACUGGACGUAAAUCCUGAUGGAGAUACACCUCUAGAUUGCUCACAACUAAAUUUGUUUGAAAAUGAAAUGCGUGCUUGUCAAGACGUUUGUGAUAAAACUGAUUAUGUAGGAACCCAGCUGGAGGGAGACAUUUGUGAGAACUUCAUGUGUAAUGUGGAAGAUAGUCGAGAUCUUGAUUCUUCAGGAAGGGUUGAUCAAGAAGAAGCUGAUGAGGAGUUUCAUGAGACUCUAGAAAUGCCAUACUUAGAAACAGAUGGCAACCAACAGAUGGAAGAACUUAGUGAUACAACCUCAAAGACUUCGUUUGCUGAAGAUGAGAGCAUUUUUCACCUGCAUGAUGAAAAACAAGAACGGUUUGCUGUAGAAAAAACAAUUCUUUCUAUUGAAGAUUCAGUUGGGUUUGACGGACCUGAAAGUUCUUCUAACGCCUUACAGACUGAGCUUGCUCCAGAACAUGGAUCUAGUAAGGACACCUUAGAAGAUCUAGAGGUUCUUUUAGGUUCUGGCUGUGAGGGAACGGAGGACGUUCAAGGAAACCAGGAGAACGAACCCGUUUGUGAAGCUCAGGCGUCAGCGGAGGAAGUUCUUGAGUCAGCGAUUCCUACAGAUACGGAGAAAGUGAAUCUCCCAGAUGACUCUUCUCUGGAUCCCAGACAGGAUAUGACCUCGAACGAUGAGGUCAUGCAGGGCACAGCAGCAGUAGACCUUUCAGAAGGGGUUGCGGGUGUUGUUUUUGUAAACAAAGAUGAAACUGGAGAUCAGCAUGUCUUGGUGGAUCUCUCAGACAUAAUAGCUACGUCAAAUGAGUCUGAAAUUGCUGAGGAAAGCCUGGCAGACAAUGCAAAAGAUCUGUUGGGUGUUUCAGUCCACAGUGACCAUGUAGAUGGUGCCUUACAUGUCUCAAAUGCUCUUGAUGAGGAUAGCGUUAUACUUCCUUCUGGAUGUCCUGAGAAAACCCAAGCAAGCUUAGAUCUUGUUUCUCAAGAGACAGAAGCUUUGGGGCAGGAAGCUGUGCAACCAAUGGGUAAAGAAGACCUGCUAAAAGAUUCAGAUGCAGGUUUGGAGGAUCAGAUGGAUUUUCAGAAGACAUUGUUGCCUGAUAUCACAGACAAAAAAGAUGCAGUGAUCCACAGAGACAAAGACGCACUGUGUUCCAGUGUUUCCCAGAAGAGACACAGCUUAUCCACAGAGAGUUCACAGUAUCCAGAGUUUCACACUUGCAACUCAGAAGCGGUCGCUUUUCGAGACUCGGGAAGUGAUACAGAUGGAUUUCUCAGUCCUGACACUGGAGAGGACAACAUCUUCAGAAAGGGGCAGGAGGCAGUAGGGGGAGGCGACAGCACGAGCGAGGUGUCCGUCUCCUGUUCCUCCACAGACGACACAGCCAGCGUCGGCCAUCCCAGCUCCUCAGCCGAGAGCUCAGAGGAGGUGCGGCACGGAGGGGAGGCGGAGGAGGAGGCCAAAGACAGGUUAACGGAGGUGCCGCUGCCCGCCUCUCUCUUCCGGUCCACAGUACGCUCGCUCUCGCCCUUCCGCAGACACAGCUGGGGUCCUGGGAAGAACCAGGGAGGAGAAGAAGAAAUGAACCAGCGCAGUUCUGUGCGAAGUACAGGAGAGGAAAAGCCUGUGUUUUACCGAAGAAGUCUGAGCUGGUGCCCGAGUGAACCCUGUCGAGAGCUGGAAGAAAUUAGAGAGCUCAUCAGUUAUAGUUUGGAGGGUCUAGCAGCAGGGAUUGAGGAUGGCAAGCGUUGGCUACCACAGUCUGGAGGUCCAUCCAAGGAUCAGCGAGGGAUUCAGAGACAGGAGAGUGAAGAGAGGGGCUCACUGAUGUCACUUACAGAAGAAGGUCCCGAGUUCAAUUUAGGAGAAUGCACCAGUCCAGGUGGUCAGAAAUCGAGGAAGUAUCAUCAGUUCAGGCACAGUGGUCCAUCUGUGGCUCUCCCCCUUACGAAAUCAAUCUCUAUGCUUUCCAUCAGCCAACGGGACAUAGAUGGCAUGACGUCAUUCACCAGUACCACCAGUUCAAUGGGAUACAGCAUCACAGAGGAGGAACCUGGACCGUUAAGAGGAGAUUUUGAAAAAAGUACCACUAAAGUGAGCAGGACGUUCAGCUACCUGAAGAACAAAAUGUACAAGAAAGCCAGAGAAAAAGAAAAGGAAAAGAAUCGGGAGAAAGACCGAGAGGCCAAAGAGAGAGAGAAAAAAACGGUGAAUGGACACGUGUUCAGCACGUCAAACUCGCUGCAUCCAGCUUUGUGCCAGCAAUGCAACAAAACCCUCAACACUAAAGAUACUGUCAGCUGCACAAAUUGCAAUGUGAGAGUUCACAAGAGCUGUAGAGAAAACAUCCCUGUUUGUCCCAAAAGCCGAAUGAAGUUUGCAAUACCAGAGUCCACCACUAUGCCUGUCGUCACUCUACGAACAAAAUCGUCCACACUGCGGGAACGGCCAUGGUCUGCUAUCUUUUCUCCAGAGGAGCAUUCUGUGAUUGUCCCGUCGAGACGACCCACCAGUAUUAUGCCCUUUCACAGCAGCAACCUCUCCAAAAGCAUGUCCAUCAACAAUAUUGCAAUGUUUGAUGAUAUGCCUCUGAGAGGCCGGCGGUAUCUGUCUCAAUCCACAGACUCUCUCCACAAACCCAAUAAGGUUACAGCGUCCACUGAGUCUCUAGAUGAAGGAACUGAGAUGGUUGACAGUCGGCUGAUGGGAGAGUUUGAAGCAGAUGUUAAGGAGCUGGAGGCUGACUCCUGGAGCCUCACUGUAGAUAAGAAAUAUCUGAAGCAACUCAAGAAGGACGUCAUUAAGAGACAAGACGUUAUCUAUGAGCUGAUCCAGACGGAGAUGCAUCACCUGCGGACGUUACGGAUUAUGGCUGAUGUGUACAGUAAGGGCCUGCUGACAGAUCUCCAGCUGGAGGUCCAGAUGGUGGAAAAGAUGUUUCCCAUGCUGGAAGAGCUCCUGGAACUGCAUUCGUUGUUCUUCAGUGCUCUGAUAGAGAGGAAGAAGGAAGGCAAGCUGCAAGGGACGGACGGAUUCAUAAUCAACAGGAUAGGAGAUGUGCUGGUCAACCAGUUCUCAGACUCCAAUGCGGAAAGCAUGAAGAAAAUCUAUGGCAAAUUUUGCAGUCGACACAAUGAAGCAGUGAACUUCUACAAGGAGCUGCAUGCCAGAGACAAACACUUUCAGGCAUUCAUCAGGAAAAAAAUGAGCAGCAGUGUUGUCCGGCGUCUGGGCAUCCCGGAGUGCAUAUUACUGGUGACUCAGCGGAUAACAAAGUACCCGGUGCUUUUACAGCGAGUCCUGCAGCACACCAAAGAGUCCGAGAAGGAUUUCGAGGACUUGACGCAGGCGCUACAGCUGGUGAAAGAUAUAAUUGCUUCAGUGGACAGUAAAGUGAAUGAGCAUGAGAAGAAGAGAAGGUUGAAAGAGAUCUACGGCCGUACGGACAGCAAGUCCAUCACGCGCAUGAAAAGCGGACAGAUGUUCGCCCGAGAGGAUCUGCAGCGCAAUCGCAAGCUUCUCCAUGAUGGACCUCUGCAGCUGAAAAACGCAGCUGGACGACUGAAAGAUGUUCACGCAUUACUACUUUCAGAUGUCUUUGUGUUCCUCCAAGAAAAAGACCAGAAAUAUGUUUUUGCGUCUCUGGACCAGAGAGCCACCGUUAUCUCCCUGCAGAAGCUGAUCGUGCGAGAGGUGGCCCACGAGGAGCGCGGCCUCUUCCUCAUCACCGCCGGCAUCGCAAACCCAGAAAUGGUGGAGGUUCACGCCAGUUCCAGAGAGGAACGCAACACCUGGAUGCAGCUCAUCCAAGAUGCCAUGCACUCAAUAGAAAAGGAUGAUGAUGAGGGGAUCCCAAGUGAAACAGAGGAAGACAGGAAGCUACUUGAAACAAAAACAAAAGAAAUGAGAGACAUGCUCCAAAGGAAAGAUGAACAGAUCGUUUCACUCCUGCUGGAGAAGAUGAAGCUGUUUCGUGAAAUGUGCGGUUCGUCCGACGACGCUGCUUCGGCGGUCAAAAUGCUCUUCAGGGCCAACAAUGAGGAUGUACCCAAAGGGGAACCCAUCAUGAUGGAUGCUCUCAAAGAGGUGGAGAUGUUGCAGGCGCUGGUGAACAGCAGUCUGGGAGGGGCGGUGGGACAGCAGGUGGCCUGCGCUCAGGGGAACGUGGGACCCGUGUGUCUGCCACGCAGAGCCGAGACCUUCGGAGGGUUUGACAGCCACCAGAUGAACAUCUGCAAACAUGGUGACAAAGAGGAGUCUGAAGAUCUUCGGAGGACAGAGUCUGACAGUGUACUGAAAAAGGGAGGAAACGCCAACCUGCUGCUCCUGCUGAAGAGAAACAGUGAGCAGAUCCUGACUAGUGUCACUCAUCUUCAUGACCUCCUGACCUCACUUCAGGCCGUAGUGCUGCAGCAGGACACUUUUAUCGAAGACCAGCGCCAGGCCCUGACCGAGCGCACCCCAUCCCGUCCCUCCUCUCGUCCCUCAUCUCGUCCCCCCUCACUGGUGGAGCAGGAGAAACAGCGCAGCUUGGAGCGGCACCGACAGGAGGCCGCCGCUCUACAGCGCCAGCAGGCCGCCCACGCUGAAGAGAAGCGGCGCAAGGAGAAGGAGUGGGAUGUGAAGGAGCGGGAGCUGACGGAUCGGGAGGUGCUGCUACACGUGAAGGAGGAGGAGAUGCGAAGGAGGCACAAGGAGCUGGAGGAGGCGCAGCAGGUGCUGCUGGGAAGGAAGGAGGAUUAUCAGAGGGAUCUAGAGAGACUGAGGGACGCUCAGAGGAGGCUGGAAAGGGAGAAGGAGCAGAUGCAGAGAGAGGUGGAGAAAGUGGAGCACCUCCGUGAGGUGGAGGCUCGGCUUCAGCGCACACCCUCCAGCACAUCAGAGGACUCUCUAAAGCUCCAGAGCAGCAGCUCCAUAGAGCGAGAGAUCUGGGAGGGUGACUUAUCGUCCAGCCCCAGGAAGAACUCUCUGUCCAGGAUGGACUCCAAACAGAAGGGCCGCAGCCUCUUCUCCCUGGGCGGCAAAACUCAGAGCUUAGAAGGACAAAACCAGAUCCCCACACGACUGCUUCAGCUGGCUUCAUCCAAGGAGAAGAAAGAUAAAAAGAAGAAGAAGAGCAAGAGCCAGCCUCCUCAGGAUGCAGCAUCACAUCUGCUGCCCCUGACAGAGCCUUCAAUGGACGGAGAGAUCUUCUUCUGCUGAUUUACCCAUCAUCCCUUCUGUCCACAUCAUUCUCAUGGACUGUAUCAAAUCAUGUAGGAAGUCACCCAAAGUGCCCUCUUCACGUUUCCGCAAUCUUUCUACAAUAUAAUAAAUCUCACAAAACAUGUCCAUGUCGUGUUACACCCCAAAAUCAAAAGAAAAAUGAGAAAUUAUAUUUUGUUUUUAGUUUUUGUGACAUUUUAAUAACAAUUUAGCCCCCAAAGUCUCAUUACCGUAAUGUAUAAACAGUAGUAAUAUAUUAUUUCAGUUGUAAAGUAUUUAUAUACUACGGUAAAGGUUUUAUUGCAUUUAAAUAGUAUUUUAUUACAGUAGUUUUUGCUGUAAUAAAGUGUGUUCUAUCACAGUAAUUGAGAAGAAUAAUUAAUUAUUAUUCCAAAAAUCUAUUUAUAUAUACAUAUAUAUAUAUAUAUAUAUAUAUAUAUAUAUAUAUAUAUAUAUAUCAUAGAUUCAUCCAGACAUCAUAUUGCUACACAUUAAAGUCUUAAUUUUGCACUUGCUUUCAAAUGUUUAUCAGACAAUUCCCAUCUUUCAAUAUGUUGUAAAAAUUUAUUUUGUAUAUUAAUUUCAUUACUGCAUUCAUUUACAAGAGAGUUGUGCCAUCAAAAUGUUUAAAAAUGGGGUUUUCUGCUCCACCUGUUGGCCAACUUUUUGUGCUGAAAAAUAAUUUCGGCUUAUUGUGCACAAGUUUAAAAUGUAAUCAGUUUUAACAUUUAAUUGGAUUCGGUGAGAGAGGUGGUUUUACCAUUUUCCCCAUUUUAGGUUUUCAAAAGAGUCCCAUCUUUGAAAUGCCACCGAGCACUUUAACAACAUUCACAUGUUACCUUUGCCCCAAAAAUGACAAUCAAUUUUUCAUUAGCAUUCCAAAGAUAAAACCCUAAGGACAGUUUUUGGGUGCCAUUGUAUAACAAACCAUGGCUUUUAAUGCGAGUUAGAGAUUCUCUAAUCCUUCUGCAUUGAAUACUUCAUGAUUUUUGCUGGACUGAUGAGCUGUAAAUACUGUAUGAACUGUAGGGAUAUUUAAAGCAACCUGCUGGACAGGUAAAAGACGUAAACAUUUACGUGGGAUAGUGUACCUCACCUAUAUACAUCCACCCUUAUGGAUCAAAAGCACCACAUCAUGUCUAAAUAUCAAUAAUAAUACAUUUAACACUGUUUUUGCACUCAAAGUGUCCACCUAUUUCAUCACGCAUGAAUAUUCACCUUAUAAUCUUACAGGAUUUUGUUCAGCUAGAUGUUCUGUUGGCCUGAUUUUGUUAGGAGUUAAAUAAAGUCCCAUUUGUGCAGGUUUGCAUUGCAGUUUUCACCUGCGCUGACUUGAUUCUACCAUGAGGGGGCAGCAGAGAAGCGUUUUAUAUUUGAAGGCUCCUCUGUGGAUUUACAUAACCUCUCAGUGAUGUCAGAGGAGACACAGUGACGCAGUGCAGGAUUUAUUAUUUCUUCACAUGCACAAAGGGAGUUUUUGGUUCUUCAUUUAAGGAAAAUGUUGCCUUUGGCCUUACAGAACUGUCAGCGACACUUUUGUCCUCAGGAACAAACAGGGAAAAGUCAAUCCAGGCGGUGUACUGUUGCCGCGACUCAUGUGUAAACAUAAACUGAAGUUGCUUAGCCUUAAAGAAAUGAUGGUGUGCACUAAUAACCCAGCAUUUUCUCAGGAGUAUAGGUUUGUUUUUUCAUCUUUGUUUUGAAAGUAAGGUUUCAUUUGUACAUUGAGGUACAUAUGUUUUCUUGCUUAAAAAAGGAAGAAUUAAUAUUAUGUAAAUAUUUUGUGUAACAUGUUUAAAUGUAAAAUUCUGAAAAUGUUGAUUUAAUUUUGUAAAAUGUGUUUUGUGAGACGUAAAGGCUUUAUUUAUCAUUGUUCCCUUUGUCUUGAAGAAGACACAAUAUUCCUCACAUUAAAAGCUGUUGCAAUUUUC